CAAUAGGCGCUCUCAAAAUUGGCGCUCCAUGUACACGGACAGGGAACACUUCGCGCUAAAUUUUGAAAAGCGUUCACUUCAUUGAGCGCGUUUUGUCAGCAUAGCAAGGACGAUACCAGAGCUACUAAACAAUUCGACUCUAACUGACUCAGGAGUAUCAGGAUGACUACCCAGAAGAAUGCCCCUGUGGACCGAGGCUGUGCUGUGGCCGUCAUCAUCUUUAUCCUGGGACUGGGGACACUGCUGCCAUGGAACUUCUUCAUCACCGCCACUGAGUAUUUUGACGACCGCCUCAAAGGGACCCCGUCAAGUUACGGAACGACCCCAGUUGCUAAUGGAACGACCCCAGUUACUAAUGGAACGACCCCAGUGACUAAAGACUACGAGUUUGCCAGCUUUAUGACACUUCUAGCCCAGCUUCCCCUGCUCCUCUUCACCCUGGCCAACUCUUUCCUUUAUCAGCGUAUCAGAGAGAAGGUCCGGAUUGCUGUCAGUCUGGUCUCCAUCCUCUGCCUCUUCCUCCUCACGGCCAUCAUGGUCAAGGUGCCCAUGCAGCCCGACAGCUUCUUCUCUAUUACCAUGGCAACUAUCUGGUUCAUCAACUCUUUUGGAGCUGUGCUUCAGGGCAGUCUGUUUGGGCUGGUAGGAAUGCUCCCCCCGAAGUACAGCACGCUGUUCAUGAGUGGUCAGGGACUGGCAGGGAUCUUCGCUGCCCUGGCCAGUCUGCUCUCUAUCCUCAGUAAAACAGACAAGGCCAGUGCCGCUCUUGGAUACUUCAUCACUCCCUGUGUGGCGACUCUGCUCACUUUGCUCAGCUACUUACUACUGCCACACCUGGAGUUUGCCCGGUUCUACUUUGAGAAAAGUCAAAGUCACCAUGGCCAACUGGCGACCCCAAACGGGCCUCUCGAAAGUGCAGACAAAGAAAAAGAAGCUUUGGCCAAUGGUGACCUGAAUGGCUACAACAAUAAACCCAUAAUAACAAAUGGUGAUUUUGAGGCCAUUGGGACCAAAGAAGCCCUGUUCAUGACGAAACAGACUGACAGUCACACCAGGUCAUCUGUCCUGGCAGUCUUCAAAAAGGUUUGGGUGAUGGCCCUCUGUGUGACAUGUGUGCUGGCUGUCACACUGUCGGUUUUCCCCGCUGUCACAGUAAAAGUGAAGAGUGUGUAUGGAAACAAGGAGUGGGACCGAUACUUUCUCUGCGUCUGCUGCUUCAUCGUCUUUAACGUCAUGGACCUGAUUGGCCGCAGUGUCACCUCUAUGGUUCAGUGGCCCUCAAAGAGAAGCCGCCUGUUCCCUGUGCUCGUGGUGUCCCGCGUGGUCUUCAUCCCUCUCAUCAUGCUGUGUAAGACUGACAACCGUCAGUACCUGCCGGUCCUGUUCUCCCACGACGUUGCCUUCGUUGCCAUCAUGACAUUAUUCGCCGUGUCCAAUGGAUACUUCAUCUGUCUCUGCAUGUCCUACGCACCUCAGCUGGUGAGGUCUAAAGACUGUGAGACAGCAGGUGCCUUGAUGACCUUCUUCCUGGCUCUGGGUCUGUCUCUAGGGGCAGCCCUCUCCUUCCUGCUGAGGAACCUGCUUUAGGGAACACUACCUUCUACAUACAGUGGUGCAAAAAGGUAUUUAGACAGCCACCAAUUGUGCAAGUUCUCCCACUUAAAAAGAUGAGAGAGGCCUGUAAUUUUCAGCAUAGGUACACUUCACAAUUGGUGGCUGACUAAAUACUUUUUUGCCCCACUGUACCGCUCUAACCAAAGUAAGUCUGGUGACACUCUGAUACAAAGAGACUGCUAUCCUGAACCUAAAAGGUUUAUUCAUCUGUCCCCAUAGGAGAACCCUUUGAAGAAGCCUUUUUGAUUCCAGGCAGAACCCUUUUGGGUUCCAUGUAGAACCCUCGGUGAAAAGAAAAGGGUUCUACCUGGAGCCGAAAAGGGUUCUCCUAUGGGGACAGCCAAAUAACCCUUUUGGAACAAUUUUUUUCUAAGAGUGUAUUUAUGUGUUAGUCGCUGAAUAGAAAUGGGUUAUACACAUAUUCAUUAAUGUCAAAGCAAACGUACAGUACCAGUCAAAAGUUUGGACAAACCUAUUCAUUCCAAGGUUUUUCUUUAUUUUGACUAUUUUCUACAUUGUCGAAUAAUAGUGAAGACAUAAACUAUGAAUAACACAUGUGGAAUGAUGUAGUAACCAAAACAUUUAUUUUAUAUUUGAGAUUCCUCAAAGUAGCCACCCGUUGCCAUGAUGACAGCUAUGGACACUCUUAGAAUUCUCUCAACCGGCUUCAUGAGGUAGUCACCUGGAAUGCAUUUCAAUUAACAGGUGUGCCAUGUUAAAAGUUCAUUUGUGUCAUUUAUUUCGUUAAUUGCGUUUGAGCCAAUCAGUUGUGUUGUGACAAGGUAAAGGUGGUAUACAGAAGAUAGCCCUAUUUGGUAAAAGAUCAAAUCCAUAUUAUGGCAAGAACAGCUCGAAUAAGCAAAGAGAAAUGACAGCCCAUCAUUACUUUAAGACAUGAAGGUCAGUCAAUCCGGAAAAUUUCAUGAACUUUGAGUUUCUUCAACUGCAGUCGCUGUUUUAUACUCUUGUGAAUUCAAUGGUUUUUACUAGAUUACUUGUAGUUUUUUAUGUUGUCUGUCAAAUUUUUUUUGUAAUGACUUGGUGCUGCCUAUCUUGGCCAGGGCACUCUUGAAAAAGAGAUUUUAAUCUCAAUGAGCCCUUCCUGGUUAAAUAAAGGUUAAAUAAAUAAAAAAUACCAUCAAAAGCCAUGAUGACACUGGCCCUCACGAGGACCGCCACAGGAAAGGAAGACCCAGAGUUACCUUUGCUGCAGAGGAAAAGGUCAUUAGACUUAACUGCACCUCAAAUUGCAGUCCAAAUAAAUGCUUCACAGAGUUUAAGUAACAGACACAUCUCAACAUCAACUGUUCAGAGGAGACUGCGUGAAGGACACCAAUGAUAAGAAGAGACUUGCUUGGGCCAAGAAACACAAGCAAUGGACCUUAGACCGGUGGAAAUCUGUCCUUUGAUGAGUCCAAAUUUGAGAUUCUUGGUUCCAACCGCCAUGUCUUUGUGAGACGCAGAGUAGGUGAACGGAUGAUCUCCGCAUGUGUGUUUCCCACCGUGAAGCAUGGAGGAGGAGGUGCUUUGCUGGUGACUGUUAGUGAUUUAUUUAGAAUUCAAGGAACACUUAACCAGCAUGAAUACCACAGCAUUCUGCAGCGAUACGCCAUCCCAUCUGGUUUGCACUUAGUGGGACAGUCACUUGUUUUCAACAAGACAAUGAUCCAACACAGCUUCAGGCUGCAUGGAGGAGGAAGUGUGAUGUUGUUGGGGUGCUUUGCUGGUGACACUGUCUGUGAUUUAUUUAGAAUUCAAGGCACACUUAACCAGCAUGGCUACCACAGCAUUCUGUAGCAAUACGCCAUCCCCUCUGGUUUGCGCUUAGUGGAACUAUCAGUUGUUUUUCAGCAGGACAAUGACCCAAAACACACAUCCAAGCUGUGUUGGGGCUAUUUGACCAAGGAGAGUGAUGGAGUGCUGUUGAAGGAUUUUUUCUCAAUAAUGACCAAAUAAUGUAUACAUUUGGCGUAGAGUUAUAACUCACAAGAGUUAUCUGUUGAAGAAUAUGUUGUUACAUAGGCCAAGAGGAAGGGUCAACAGACAACUCGUGAUCACAGUGAAACUAACAACAGGAAAGAUGUCUGGUCCCCAACAAGGGAGGGGAGAAACCGUUGGGCGUGCAGUAGAUUGUGUAACAUAUGGUAGCAGAAGAUAAGCUAUGUGUUGGAAUUUAAUUGAAAAGCAGCUUUGUCAUGAUUCAGGAGGAGGAGGGACAUUUUUGUAAGACAUGACCGGUCUUGUGAUAUAUAAACUAAUGUACAUGUGAUUAUGUUCAGAGCUCUCGGGAAUAAAUGCUAUUGAUUCAUUUUGAGACUGAUUUUUGCCUGUUUCAUGCAAAUAAGUACCUUACAAAUUCUUAGAAACGGACAAAGUGUUUUGCUUUGUUACAGUUGAAUUGGUUGAUGAACAUAUAGGAAUUAAAGUGCUGCAUCAGACCUGGCCUCCACAAUCACCCGACCUCAACCCAGUUGAGAUGCUUUGGGAUGAGUUGGAACCACAGAGUGAAGGAAAAGCACCCAACAAGUGCUCAGCAUAUGUGGGAACUUCUUCAAGACUGUUGAAAAAGCAUUUCUCAUGAAGCUGGUUAAGAGAAUGCCAAGAGUGUGCAACAUUGUCAUCAAGGCAAAGGGUGGCUACUUUGAAGAAUGUAAAAUAUUAAAAAUAUUUUGGAUUUGUUUAACACUUUUUUGGUUAUUACUUGAUUCCAUAUGUGUUAUUUCAUAGUUGUGAUGUCUUCACUAUUAUUCUACAAUGUAGAAAAUAGUACAAAAAUAAAGAAAAACCCUUGAGUAGGUGUGUCCAAACUUUUGACUGGUACUGUAUAUGUAUAUUUAAAA